AUGAUCGUUUCACGCCGCAAGGACCCUCCAGCCCUGCUCAGCACCAAGGCCUCGAGGGUGCAGGCUAAUAGAACCAAGAGAAAAUUACAAUCCGGGCUAUUCCUUUUCGGUCAGUUCCUCUCCGUAUGUGCGGCGCAACGCUUUCCCACAUUGACAGCAAGUAGGAACUCUCGGGCCCGUAUUUGCGAGUUCACUUUCUUGAGGGCUCCUACCUCUCUACUGGUCUCGUCGGAGUUUGUCCUCUUGGCUGCCAGGUUACGCGACGAGAGAUUAUUUCAUAUGGUCUUCGAAAGGCUUGACCAUCCAUCCAAGGGCUUCGUCAUGGAACACGUCACGGACAACUUCCUCUUCGCAUUUGAGAACCUCCAGGCACUUGAAGUAGUACGCUUUAAAUUCAGGCGAGUACUGAAACUGGAGCGUAAAGAGGUUGAAGCGAACGAAGUUACCCUAACGUCGCACGUUGUUGCUGGUGUCCCUGUUCCUGUUGCUUGGUUCCAACCUAAGGAACCAGGCCAAUGGACGGUUGGACCUCGGGGUGAGGCUGGGAUGGAAGAGAGACGAUAG